UCUUCUUCUUCUUCUUCUUCUUCUUCUUCUCUAUCUCUCUAUAUAUACAUAUAUUAAACUCAAUUCAUCAUUUCAUCAAGCGUUUAUAUUAACUCAUGGAAUUCAAACCAAUGGAUGCCUCCUCUCUCUGCCUUGAUCUCUCUGUUGGUCCCUCGUUCUUCCUCAUCAUCACCUUUGAGAGAAUCACAUAAAGAAGAAACCAAGUCUCUCAUCAAAGAAGAGGUUGGAGCAUUGAGAGCUGAGUUGAAUAGAGUGAGUAAAGAGAAUGAAAAGCUCACUGAGAUGUUGCAAACCAUGUAUGUAAACUAUAGGUCACUACAAAGUAAGAUGGCUGAGUUAAUGACUGAGUCAUCGGAGAAAAGAUCGGUAUCGCCUUCAGCUUCGGCCUCACCGGUGAAAAAAAGAAAGAGCGAAAGCCUAGAGACGAAUAGCAAUAUCGUCGCCGACAAUCCUAAUGGCAUGAUCAACUUUAUUCGAUAUCAUACGGAAACGACAUCGAGCUGUGAUUCUUUAAAACCGAUCAAGGAUGAUUCUAGGCCUAAGAUUUCUAAGGUUUAUGUCCGCACUGAUGCUUCUGAUUCAAGCCUUAUAGUGAAGGAUGGAUAUCAAUGGAGGAAAUAUGGGCAAAAGGUGACAAGAGAUAACCCUUGCCCUAGGGCUUAUUUCAGAUGUGCAUUUGCUCCUGCAUGUCAAGUCAAAAAGAAGGUGCAAAGAAGUGCAGAGGAUCAAUCAAUAUUAGUAGCAACAUAUGAAGGUGAUCAUACUCAUGGCCAACCUUCUCGGCCGGAGAAAAACAACGGCACCGCCGCCAUUGUCCCACCAACUCCGACGAAGAAAAAGGCAUGCCGAAGUGAUGAAUCACCGGAGAUUCAAUGGCGUUUGGUUGAGCAAAUGGCAUCAUCCUUAACGAAAGAUCCGACCUUCACUGCCGCCCUUGCGUCGGCUAUUUCCGACAAAAUGCUUGAUCAUUCACCUUCAAGAAGCUAACUCUUAUAUAUAAAAGAGAUUGAAUUGUUGGUGUUUAAUUAGAGUUAGGCUUGAUAUAAAUGUAAAUAGAUUAUUGGUAUGAAAACAAUGAUAUUGAAUGGGAAGUGUAUGAGAUGUUCUUUG